AUGGCUUCUUCAUCGGUCGCCCGAGCGGAGAAUUCCUGUCGACGCUGCCAUCGCCGGAAGAAACGCUGCGAUAAGACUCUCCCCCAGUGCGACGCCUGUCGGCACGCUCAGGUUGCCUGCAGCUUCCUCGACGACCACGCCCAGGUCGCUUCGUUUCCCAUUGCAUACGUUCGUGGUCUCGAACUGCGCGUCAAGGAAUUAGAACAGCAACUGGCCGACCGACCGUCGUCAGACAACGGCGAUCUCGUCUCAAUCUGGCCUGAAAAUCCAGCAGUAGGAAAUACCAGAGUUGAGAACAACAGUCCGAUUCACCAGCAAGAAAAUCCGUCACCAGUGUCAAGACCACGCUCCAGACAAGGCACCGAGUCGCUCGCCGAAGAGCUCAAGGUCUUGUCGCUCGAGGCAACUGCAGACCGCCAUCUAGGGCCGUCGUCCGGCAUUUCCUUUGCCAAACUCACUCAGGCGGUGCUGCGACGCUUGUCGCCAGGCCGUGAAGCCUUUGUGUUUGAAGAUGGAGCGGACGAGGACGAGACGGUUGAGCAGCAGCAGAGGGCCAUGACUGAUCUCUGGCCGGACGUCGGUUCGUCCUUGUUGAAUAUUGAUCCGGCUCUGAUAUCGCCGCUGGUAGACGCGUACAAGGACCCGGUCGAUAUCUCGUUGCUAGACGCCUCGCACAUCAGCUAUCUGCUGGAAUUCUACUUUGCCCACUCGCACACUCUCUACCCCAUCAUCCGACAGACCGAGUUCACCUCUGUUCUGUGGCGGCUGUAUGCAGAUCCCCUGGAUCCUCUGGCGCAGUCGCCGCUGUGGCAGUUUCGCAUCUGGAUGGUCUUGGCUAUCGGGUCGACCGCCUACUCCUCUGUCACUCUCGUCGACGAGUCCGAGUCGGUGCAAUUCUUCCAAAAGGCCAUGACCUAUUUUGAAGCUGUCAUGGGAUGUGGCUAUCUGGCUGGCUUGGAAGCCUUGAUGCUUCAAGUUUCAUACUCCUUCUUCAACAAGAUAGGACCAAAUACUUGGUUCCUGGUCGGCCUGGCGGCGAGGAUGGCUAUCGGUAUGGGCCUGCAUACCGCGGACACGUACAGAUCUCUUGCUAUCGAUGUGGCAGAGUAUCAGAAGCGCCUGUUUUUUUCGUUGUAUAUGAUGGAUCGAGUUGUUUCUAUGGCUUUGGGUCGUCCGUUUGCGAUACACGAUGACGAUAUUAAUGUCGAGCCAUUUUCAACUGCCGACGACGAGCAUAUCAAACCAGAGGGCAUCACCCUGCGGUCCUCCCUCGAACCGUCAAGGAUGGCGGUCCCGCUUCACAUUCUAGAUUUGCGCAAGAUUGCCAGCGAUAUUGGAAGCCAUGUCCAUUCGAUCAAGAGGGGUGAUCGCCUGCAAACCGCCGCAGAGAAGGAGGAAACAAUCCAGGCGCUGCACCGACGGUUGAUCGAAUGGAGACGGAGCAUGCCUUUCCCCUUACCGGAUCUUCAGUCCAACGUACCUCACCUGUGCACGAACUGGUUCGAUCUGAACUAUUAUACCCAUCUCAUCAUGCUCUAUCGUCCCUCAUCGCUCUGCCCGACGCUAGAUCUCCACAAGGUCAAGAUCCUGGCCGAGGCGUCCGCCAUGGCCAUCCGCCAAGCCAUCACCAUGCAUCGGCAGCACCGCUUUUCCUACAACUGGUUGAAUCUCUUUGGUGUCUUCAAUUCGGCCCUCUCCCUCAUGUACGCCACCACAUCCCAGCCGGACCAUCUGGCUCUAGUCCUGGACCGCACCAAGGCCAUUGCAGAUCUCCAGCUUGUCAUCGAACUCCUCGACACGUUUGCCAAGAAGUUUCCAUCUGCAAAGCGUAUCCGACGCAUGGUGCAGGAUGUCGUCGCAAAGCUGCAACUGUACGCGGUGGAGCAUAACGGCAGGACAAACUAA